AUGCGGUACAGUUCAUAUACACCGCUGAAUGCACCACGAGCGGCGAUCUUCUCAGUGAAUCAGAACAGAGAAGAAUGGACAAGGUCGAUUCCUAUGAAAGCCAGGCCAAGGGAUGCUAAAAAGUAUUGCAUGUUCCAUAGAGAUGUGGGUCACUAUACAGAGGAAUGGAGAGGGGUUGAUGUGAUAACUGGAGGGUCGGUGCAUGGAGGGACAAUCAGUGGGGCAAAGAAGCAUUUGUCAGAACAUCGCCACAUAAUUAAUGCCCUUGAUACAGAUAGUCGCCCAAGACCAACUUCAAUCCCGGAUGUUGUGUUUACGGAAGAGGAUACAAGGGGGAUAGUCUUUCCACAUGAUGACCCGCUGGUUCUGAUAACGAAGAUAAAUGGGGCUGACAUAAAAAGAGUUCUGGUAGAUGGAGGAAGUUCAGCUAAUGUCCUUUUUAUGAAAGCCUUUAAUGAGAUGAUGAUUGGGAGGCAAUACCUGACGCCGGUAUCCUACCCAGUUAUAGGAUUUAAUGGAUCUUCCGUACGACCAGAAGGGAGCAUAGUCUUGCCGGUAAGGCUGGGUGAUGGACCCACAGCAAGAGAUGUGAUGGCAGAAUUUUUGGUGGUUAAUGUUCCCUCGGCCUAUAAUGCUAUUAUCGGAAGACCGAUAAUUCAUGAUGUACAAGCUGUUGUAUCAACAUACCAUUUGACAAUAGCGUAUGUGUCAAACUUGGGAGUUGUGGAAAAGGUUCAUGGAGGGCAGGUUAUGGCGAAGUCUUGUUAUUUAACGGCUUUGAAGAAUCCAGUCGGAGAUGGGUCAAUACCGAGUAAUCCUAAGAAAGAGCUGGAGCCUACAAUACUUGAUUUAUCCAUGGAUGUCUUUGCUUUCUUAGCAAGUGAAAUGCCAGGAAUAAAUCCGGGGGUGAUGGAGCAUAAAUUAAAUGUCGACAGGGGAUUCAGGCCGAUUAGACAGAAAAAGCGGAAAUUCUCUAUUGAGAAGAUAGAGGCUAUUCAGGCUGAGAUAGACAGAUUGGUGGAUUCAACUGCCGGUCAUGAAAUGCUCAGCUUCUUGGAUGCAUUUUCAGGGUAUCAUCAAGUCAGCCUUCAUAAGGCCGAUAGACCAAAAACGGCCUUCAUAACAGAUGCUGGUGUAUUUUGCUAUAAAGCCAUGCCGUUUGGGUUAAAAAAUGCUGGGGCAACAUACCAGAAGUUGGUUGAUAAAGUUUUCGAAAGACAAAAGGGCCGGAAUGUAGAGGUGUAUGUAGAUGACACAAUUGUUAAAAGCAAGAAAAAACAGGAUCACAUAGCGGACUUGAGGGAAACAUUUAACACCUUGUGA